AUGUGUUUUUCUAUCAGGACCCAGCAGAAACCAGAGUCUCCUGAUUCUGAACCUGAACCUGAUCCUGAACCCAGCUGUGUGUCCUUUAAGAGCGACCGGUCACAUCAAGGCCUCAUUGACUUUAAAGGAGAGCAACCCUCUACUGAAAAGAUACCAGACUCUGCUUACUCUGAACCCAGCUGUGUGUCCUGCAAGAGCGACUGGUCACAUCAAGGCCUCAUUGAAUUUAAAGGUCAACAACCUUCUGCUGAAAAGAGAGUGGACCAGGAGAGCUCAGAGGUUCUCAGUGUGCAGUCUGUCCAGCAGCAUCAAAAACACCUGGACUCCAUCUUUAUGCUGCUGGAAGAGAACAUUGUCACUUUUGUGAAGAACGAGCUGAAGAAGAUCCAGAAGGUUCUGAGUCCAGAUUACCCAGAAUGCUCAGAGAGUCAGAGGGCGGAUGAGGAUGAAGACCAGAGGAGGAGCAGAGAGGCACUUCUUAAGAUCACACUGCACUUCUUGAGGAGAAUGAAGGAGGAUGAGCUGGCUGACCGUCUGCAGCACAGAAGUCAUUCUGGAGGUUGUAAGCAUAAACUCAAAUCUAACCAGAAGAAGAAGUUCCAGUGUGUUUUUGAGGGGAUUGCUAAAGCAGGAAACCAAUCCCUUUUGAAUCAGAUCUUCACAGAGAUCUACAUCACAAAGGGAGGGACUGCAGAGGUCAAUGAUGAACAUGAGGUCAGACAGAUUGAAACAGAAACCAGUCCUGAUGUGGACAUGUUCAACAGAAGCUUAGUCACAGCGCUGGUGGUGAUUUGA